AUGUGGAAAGUUUUAAAUCUGAUGUCGAAUGACUUGGAUUCUUCCCUUAAUUACUAUAUUAGAAAUGGGUUCGAGCCUCAUCCAUACUACUACAAUUGUUCUGGAAUUGAGUCAAUCGGAGAAGAAAGACCAAUUCUUGGGAUUUAUUUUAUGACAGUUGGGGUUUUGAUAUUGAGCAUUUACAUCCCAUGUCUCUUCGUCAUCUCUCACUCUGAUCUCAUCAAAUCCUCCUGCUAUAAAAUAAUGCUUUACCUUGGACUAAUGGAUGUUUGCUGCCUAACAGUAAACUCGCUGGUAACCGGUUACCUCGGGUUCAUCGGAGCAACAUUUUGCUCAUUCCCUCGACUCAUUUUCCUUGCUGGAUCUAUAGGUUGUGGUUGUUGGAUGGGUUCGUGUGCCACUUGCAUUCUUUUGGCAAUCAAUCGAUGCAGUGAUAUCAAUCAUAAUCUUCCUUUCCGCAAAAUUUUCGUCGGGAGGAAUAUCUAUUUCACUUUGAUGAUCCCAAUGAGUUACACGUUCUAUGCAGUAUUUUUCACCAAACCAAUUCUCUUCAACUCUGUUUACAUGAGCUGGUUCUUCAACCCUAUGUUGGGUUUAGAGAGUGAUCUAUACGUCAGUGUUCCUCACACAAUAAACAACUGUUGUGUUUCAUUGUGCACAGCGAGUUCAUACGGGUACCUCAGCUUAUUGAUCCAUUGGAAAAAUCGACAUGCCCAAUCGGAAGCAUUGUCAAAAACUCAGAAGCAGAUUUUUAUUCAAUCCGUGUUAAUCUGCACUUGCAACGCUACAGCCGCAUUCAUUUACGUCUACAUGCAAUUCUUUCAUUCCCCACCUCCAGUUAUUCUAUUGGGACAGAUUGCUUGGCAGUGUGCACAUGCCUCCGUCUGCAUUGUUUACAUCACCUGGAACCGAACAAUUCGUCGAAAAGUUGUCAAUCUGUUACUACCAAAACGGUUCAGAAACCGAGUUGGAGUGACCUCAACAUUCAUAUCAACAGGACCAAUUAUCAAUAUGAUACCGACUGAAAUUAUCAAAUCAACCGCAACAAAGACAAAUAGCAACACAACCAUUUUUUGA